UAUAAAUUGAGUUAUGAAUUCCGAUGACGUUUGAAAUUUCAGUUUUGAGUUAGAAAAAAAUCAAAUCGCUUUCUGUACUCAACAUGGCUGGUUGCUACCCUUGUGUUCAGUGUAAAAAACGCUGCCGAAAUAACACUAUACAAUGUUGUAAUUGUAACAGAUGGGUACACGUACAUUGUGUACCAAUGAGUUCAUCUCAACUUAAAAUGUGGUCGCAGCCCCUUCUCAGCUUCCUUUGCCGAGACUGCUGUUUUACAGACAACGAGUACGACUUUUCAAAAGCACUGGAAAGGAUUUCCAGUGCUCUUCACUCCGACCCCAAGGACUUAAAGAUGACAGUUUCAUCAGAAUCCCUCCUGCUAGAGACGUACGGCGUGAAAAUCCCGAAGCAGACUAACCCAUCCGAUCAAACUGUAGAUGAGGUUUCCAGAGACAUACUUAAACAGUUUCACCCAGCAAUUCUGUCCGCAGUAUUCCCGGCUAAAACUGUUGGUGAUGGCAACUGUAUGUACCGUGCUGUAUCUCGGGCUAUGACGGGAUCAGAAUCACAUCAUGUCCACUUUCGAUUGUUGACUGCGAUCGAGAUCCUGCAAAAUAAGUAUUAUUAUGAUCCUGAUCAUAGAAAAUUUGUUGAUCUAGUAAAUGACAAUAGAAUUGUUUGUUCACCAUAUUCAGAAUCGUUACAAGACGCUGUUUCACUAUAUGCAUUUUCUUCUAUGACUCACAUUUUUGCCCUGAGUGCUGCUUUACGUCAGCCAAUAAGAUCAUACUAUCCACCCCAACUGUCCGCUGAAUUUGUUUCAGAACCUCACUCAAGGAAAGUUAUAGGUAGGGGUGUUAAAAUGUCUGAGUCACCUACUAUUACAAUUAUGUGGACUCAAAUGCGUUCUUUAUCACACAAACUGUCGGGGAAAUUUUUAAAAUAUUUCCAAAACAAACUGAAAUCUAAUCUGAAAGAAAAAGUGAACAAGCCGAUGGCAUCUGGAUUUGUUGAUAGUCCAUGGACUAACAACAAUUCAGAAUCUUUAAAUCAUAUUUUGAAACAAGCAAUCAACUGGAAAUCACAACCUCUUUUGGAUUUGACUAUAACCCUGACAGGUCUCAUAGACACCCAAUUUAAGGAUCUAAAAAAGGCUUUAGUAGGGACGGGACAGUACAGACUAGCGGACACCCACAGACAUUUUGAGGUUUCAAAGUCUGUGUGGGUGUCUAAAACAACAGAUGAACGGAACAGACAUUAUAAGAAAUUUCGAAAUUUCAAAGCAACGGAAAAGACGACGGUUACUUCGACAGACGGGAAGAUGACGAUUGUUAAACCCAAGUCGCUAGGGAAGAAAUUAGGACAGAGGAAGAGAAAAAUCAAUGAGAGGACUACCACUAUAAAAAAAGGGAAAAUGUAAUUAAAUUAAAUGGAUGGUGCGUACGCCGUAUCUCAUUGUCGAGAUGCCCCCUUUUGGGGUAGGAUUCGACCAUCUAAAUUUGAUUAUAUUUCCUGACAAUUUAUCCUUCAGAUUAGUAAUCCUCUUCCUGGAACAUUCGGGUCCCUAUGUCGCCUUGUCGCGACAUUGCUUGAUGCAUGGGGAUGUACAUGUACAUAACAGUUGUUGUAUAUAAUAUUAGAUAUCAGACAAAUGUUGUAUAUAAUAUUAGUUUAAUCGUUUAAUCAUGUAAUUAAUGUGUAAAUUCUUGCAUUUCAGGUCCUCCUUAAUUCGAAAGAUCGUAUAUGCACAGAAAGUUUAUUUUCACAAUAUUUGUAUAAAUGACAAUUAGUUUUCUUGAACCAGUUGACAAUUAGUGUUUUCCUAAGUUGGGGAUUUAUUUCAUUAACCAUGUCUUCCU